AUGGUGAAGAUGCGCACGAAAAUCUACCAUCCCAACAUCGAUGGUCAGACUGGCAGUGUGCUGCUUGCGAACUGGUCGCCUUCGGUGCUGGUCGAAAAGUCGAUCGCGCAGGUGGUGGCAGAGCUGCUCGCCAACCCCAUGCUCGGACUCACUAGUCCCAGCGAAGCGUUGAAUCCGAAGACGGCAAAGACGUUCCUGCGGGACCCUUGCAAAUUCAAACAGACAGCAGCGGAGUGGGCGCUCGAGCCGCUGCUGCGGAUCGCCAAGGACGGCCUGUCGGAGGAGGACAUGCAGUCACAGGCAACCUCCCUGCCGUGGCCCCGCCUCGUCGCGACCACGGACGACCCCUUCUCUCACCUCCUCACGCCGUCCCAGGUCGUGCCCACCGUUGUCAAGCUCUUCGCGAACACGGACCGCUCGAUGCGCAUCCCGCUGCUGCAGACCCUGCCCGCGCUGAUGGAGCACCUGUCGGCGCGCGUCAUCAACGAGACCGUCUUCGGCCUCGCCUCGCAGACACGCCACGUCUCGCUCGGCUUCGCAGACACGUCGCCCGUGCUGCGCGAGCUCACGGUCAAGCCGAUGGUCGCCAAGUCGACGGUUGCCAAGUCUCUUCUCACCACCUCCUCCCGGGAGCAGGUCAAGUCGAUGGUCGCCCUCGCGCCGAAGCUCUCUCGCGGCAACAUGGGGCAGGCGCACAGCCUACCGCCACCACUAGCCGACAAGGGGGCGAGAGGCGCACACACACCGCCUCGGAGCGACCUCGGCGACAUCUCUCGGCGCCUCUCGGUCGCAGGCAAGAUCGCCGUCCACCUCGACGCGAGUGAGAGGGAGCGCGUCCUCAUCCCCGCCUUCACGCGAUCCCUCAAGGACCCCUUCCCGCCCGGCCGCAACGCCGGCCUCCUCUCCUUCUCGGCGACGCAGCAGUACUACAAGCCCAUCGACGCCGCGACGCGCGUCCUCGCCGCCGUCGCGCCGAUGGUGCUUGACCCGGAGCGAGAGGCGUCCGCGGCCGUGGGCAAGCCUCCGGGCGAGGCGUCCUCGGCCGACGCCGACGCCGCGGACGACGCCGUCUCCAAGGCGGCGGACACGGUCCUCAAGUGCGGCCCGAUGGGCGGCGGCCCGAUGGGGGCAGCCGCGCCGAGCGGCGGCAACAUGAUGAACUUCGGGUCUGCCGCCGCCAAGCCGCCAAACGCCUUCGAUUCGCUCGACCCGCUGGCUAUGAUGGCCGCUGGCAAACCAAAGAAGGCUGGCGGUGCGAUAGCGGCGAAGAAGUCGAAUGACGACUGGGGCGACAACCCGUGGUAG